CAGUAUUGUGGGCUUCAGCGGAUAAUAUGUGAUACGUGGGAGAAAGCACGUUUCAGAUAUAACUUUACUGUCCUCCUGUCUCCAGUCUAGAUCCGUUGAAUUUUAAAACCACGUUCAUGUCUUUGUCAACUCGACCAUGCUCUUUGUGAAUAUCGAAUGAUUUAAUAAAUAAGGGAAGUGUCUUUGGAAACGAAUGCAAGCCAUGCAAACGUUCUUAAGCCAUGUACUUAUUGAAGAGGUGACAUGAAAGCCCUUUCACCUGCGGAGUCCGCUUUAAACCUCAUCUGGAUUUAAGGUCUCCCAGAGUUAGGACACUAACCUACCUCAAAUACACUCACCUUCUACCCAUUGUGCUCUGUUAUAACCUUCCUUCAUCACAGAAGUAUCUCAGCGCUUACUGUUCCUCAGUUGUGCGAAACUGAUGCCUGUCUCCAGCAGGUGAGACUACUGUUUAUCAGAAGGAAAUCUUUGUGCCAUUUGCCUUCAGAUAAAAUCUGUCUGCAUGUUCUAGAGUUUUAUUAUUCAAAAAAUAAAUGUCGUUUAUUUGAUUGAGGUGGUGCCAUGCAGCAAGCAGCAGAGAGAUGCAGAGUUCGAGCCAGAAGGCCUGACAUGGCACUUUAUGUACCGAAAGCUCGAAGGGGUAUAGUGCUACUUAAGUCAGGUGAUGAGGAAAAAAGCUGUAGUCCACCUAACUCUGUGGUGAAGGAAGAACAAAAAGAAGAUGGUCUCUUCCAACAGGAGACCUUUAGAGACAAAUCUGAGACUCAGAGACUAAGCAUUAAUCCUGAUGGUAAGGAACAUAACCAUAGGGAAAGAAAGAAAUUUUCAACAAAAUUAAGAAAAGACACAUACCUUCAAGAAAGAAAGAAAGAUAGGAUUUGUGUUAAGAGAAGAACCACAGAAUCCAAAGAAGCAACAUCCCAAGGACAUCAGCAAAGUGUCCCAAAUCCUGGGAUGCUACCUAGUGCACCUUUACAAAGACACAUUAAACCAGAGAAGGAGGAGUGUUCGGAGGUUGAAACCGCAGAUGCAGUAGGAUGUGGGAAGUUGCUUCUAUCUCGGUCUUGUUCAGAAAUGAGUGAGGCCCAGGUUCCGAACAAACCAUUCCAGAAUGUGGAAUUCUGUGAGUUGAGUAGGCACGAAUUAAGUGGCAAAACAUUUGAAGGCAGAGACUUGGAAAGCAGAAUUGAAACUGAUGUCAAGGUUGUGGAGAUACUAUCCCAGUUUCCUGGAGUUUUAAAUUCUGUAUUGAAACCUGAGAGUAUGACCAUACCAGUAAAACUGAAUUCUGAUUCUGAAGCUGUACAAGAAAGCAUGCAAACAUCAGGUGGAAUGUUGAGUCUCAGCAGUGGAGUCACCACUGCCAUUUCUGUUCCUGGAAGUGCGGAUGGUGUCACUGAUCAAACUUGUGGAGACUUUGAAGCUGAGAUUGUUGGUGAAGUAGCCAACAGUACAGACAUCUUGGGUCAGAGAGAUACAGAUUCCAUUCCUGAGACUUUCGGUCACAUCUCUCAUAAAAUGACUAUAGUCAGCAAAUUAGAGAGUGUAAAUGGCAUUUUUGAUCCAACAGUGAUUAGAGAGUAUGAGAAGAAUGACAGCACUGCUGAUGACUUGUAUAUAAAGUAUGAACCUUCUGAUACAGCUCCCCUUGCUCAUGAAACAGAUACAGAUAAUGGGCCGAAGAGUGUAGGUGACCUUACCAAGAAGGCAUGUGAGGUGGACAUUACAGACGUCCCGUCUGAUCAGAUAACUGUGGGCAGCCCUUGUGUAGUUGCAGUUAGAACAGCCGAUGAGGCCUGUAGCAACAUGAGUAGUUUCUCAGAAUAUUUAGAAAUGAGUGCAGAUACAGGGCUUCUUCAUGUAGCUGGAAGUGGGAAGGACAUAGAAAAUUUCAGCAACCUGACUGCUUGCUCAGAUAUUUAUGCUGAGAGUAUUUCAUCUAGUUUCACAGAGUCAACAGGAAAGUUGAUAGAGAGCUUGUCAGAUUGUGCUUCCUCCUUACCUAUAAAGAAGAUUGCUGGUAGUAAUUGUAGCACUUUUUUGGACUCCGAACUCAGUAUGUUAAAUGGGACAAAAGUACUUUCAGACAGUGCCUUGGGCAAUGAUCUAGAUUGUACGGGUGAUAUAACAGAGGCAUUGCAUGAACUGAAAACUGCUGAAGAGUUCAAAACAAAAGAGGAAGAUAACUCAGAGGAUGUAGAAUUUGGUGUAUCCUUUCCUGAUGUGGAAUCUGUACCUAUGGAAACAUCAAUGGAACUGAAAGCAACGGCAGCUUCUCAUGUGGAGGGAAGUACUGCUACUGAGGACAGCUGGGAGUCUCUGUUCAAUGAUGAUGGUGACUGCCUAGACCCGCGUCUUCUACAAGAGCUAUCAGGGAAUAUGAAGAAUAGAGAAAGCAUCCAGGAACCUAGAUUUGAUUAUUACAACCAUGAAGUUUCUGAUAUUGACCUCAGUGAUUGUGAAUUUCCACAUGUCAUUGAAAUUUAUGACUUUCCACAAGAAUUUCGUACUGAAGACCUCCUGCGAGUUUUCUGCAGUUAUCAAAAGAAAGGAUUUGAUAUUAAAUGGGUGGAUGAUACACAUGCCCUAGGAGUAUUCUCCAGUCCAAUUACAGCUCGGGAUGCUCUGGGUAGUAAACAUACCAUGCUGAAAAUCCGGCCCUUGUCACAGGCCACAAGAGCAGCGAAGGCCAAAGCUAGAGCUUAUGCCGAGUUCCUCCAGCCAGCAAAGGAGCGUCCUGAGACUUCAGCAGCCCUAGCCAGAAGGUUAGUCAUCAGUGCCCUUGGGGUUCGAAGUAAACAGAGCAAAACAGAAAGGGAAGCAGAGCUCAAGAAACUGCAGGAAGCCCGAGAAAGAAAGCGACUGGAAGCCAAGCAACGGGAAGAUGUCUGGGAAGGCAGAGACCAGUCUGCAGUUUGAACAUCACUCAAGGAAAUGGAUAGUUCUAAGAAUUCAGAAAUUAUUUCCAUAGUCUUAGGAGGACCCUUCUAGAGUUCUGUGUACAUGCAGAAGUGCGUGUUAAUAAAAGAAAGAGAUAAAGCCAUCAGGGCGCGCACUGACUGGGUGUAGAAAGAGGAUGGACUCCUGUCCGUCUUUGCUUCUGACUGCAGUUGUUUGGAACUGCCUUACUAUUUUGGCAUAGAAGGGAGCCAUCAGCUAGGAAGCUGACUUGUGGCAACUCGGAUGUGACUUCCAAGAGUUCUCUGGGCGUGGCAAGUCCCAUUGUUGCCGUGGCUCGCGUGUCUAAGAUGUUUGAAGCAGAUACAAAACAGAGGAUUCAAACCUGCCACGAUGUGAGAUUCUGGCCCUGAAAAGGCAGGGUGCUCUUUCGGGCCUCACAGAGCCGAGGGGUGGCGGAGGGAACAAUUAGUAGAGAGAUGGAAGUACUUGGUGUUUGAAGUACUUGGUGCUCACAGAAUCCACACUGUCACUUCCAGAACUCCGGAGCUGGUGAGCUGCAGCAGCUGUAGGUGUUCCGGCUCCGGAGUGUGCACUGAGCCGGGCGCCCGGGGCUGCCCACUUCAGUGCCCUAGGAAGUACUGAAACAGCACUACCAUGUUGUGAGAGGGAGACAUUAAAGCUCAGUUUAUGACCU